GUCGUUAUUUUGAUUGGGUGUUCGUCGCUUCCGCGGGGACAUUUGAGAUGUGAAACCGACAAAAGAUCAUGAAUUCGACUUGAACCUAAACAAAAUACUGAAUAAUUGGUGAAAGAUUCGCCAAACAAAACACAGAAUGAGUAAAAACGAUGCAAGGGACCCCUAUGGAUCCAUCUGCCUUAGUCGAUUGACUCGUAUUUUGGAUUUAAAGAUGCUGGAAGAUUUGCAAGAAUUGGAAAAUAGCGGUAAUGUGGCUAAGAACCUCGAGCUGGAGCGUCACUUCAAACCUCAUCGGAGCUUUUUGGAAAAAUCUACAGAGAAAUUCAACAAGAUUAUUCACCGAAAACACCAUCACCACAUCUUUGGUCACCCUCUUACUAAUGAGUCUGUUGAAAGAAUCCUACCACUCAUUCACUAUCUCAAGACAUGUGUAGACAAAGAGGGACUGUUUCGAAUAUCUGGCAACAAGAAGAGGCAAGAGGAACUCAAGGAACUGAUUGAUAGAGGUGACACUCCAAAGCUAGGAUGUGGCAAGUUUACUGCGCAUGAUGUUGCAUCCGUCCUGAAGCAAUUCUUAGGAGAGCUCCCAGAGCCCCUGCUGACACAGGCCCCAUACCGCGCCUACCUACAAGUUACAGAGAUUUCAAAUGAUCAAGGAAAUGCUAAGCAUGUGGAAGCACUUCAGCUUUUGUUUCUGAUGAUUCCGCCUGAAAAUCGAUCAUUAUUGCACAACCUCCUGGAGCUGCUAAAGCUUGUUCUGGAAAACCCCAACAAUAAGAUGACGGCAUACAACCUGGCAGUAGUGUUCUGUCCAAAUGUACUGUACUGCAACAAACAGUCCUCAUUCCGUAUGUCCUUGAGAAUUCCAUUCCGUCGUGUCAAGUCAUGGUGCCUUAUUCGUUCCCAGCAGGCUUUGGAACAGAGGGGGUCUUGUAUCAGUAGCUUCCCACAAGAACUAGAUGCACUGAAUGAAUCUGUCGCCUUCAUGAUCACAUUUGCCAAACAACUCUUUCAGAUUCCAGAUGAACUGAAAAAGGAAUUAAAGCUGAUCGAGAAAAAUAUUAGCAUAGGCAAGGAAGACGAGGUUCCCAUGGCGCAUGCGUAUUGUCAUCAGCUGGAUAAUCGAGAACACAGGGAGACCACGCAGCAGGCGACAACUGAAGCGUUAGUGGAGUUGUAUAAUCACGUGAAGGAUAUGCCCGAUGGACCAAUGAAGCAGAAGUUUAUGGAGAAGUUCGAAAAGACACACCCAGGGACGCCUCCCUUCAUGCCGAGGAGUCGCGCGCGAACUAAACCGGUAGAUCAGGCCAUGAAGCCAAGCCUUCUCACAUACUCGACGCCAAUCAAGUCCACGUGUACCCCUGGCAGCCUUGCAAGGCCACCCCUAUCACCAAUCAACGCCAACAAUACAAUGGACCAAACGAGCCACCACAAAAACGUCACCUUUAGAUCCCCAGAUGUGCCUGCCCACCGACCCUCCCACAGUAGAUCUGUAGCUGCCAAGGCAAGCUAUACUCCUUCGGGUGUUAUGUCGCCUUUUAAGUCCCCUCACAGAUCCGGGGGAAAGGUGUUCCCGCGACAUAAGCGCACUCUGUCGGCUGGAAAUUCGAGUAUGUCACCAUUCAGGCGAAGCCGUACGCGUACUGCGCAUGCCCCUAGCGUGCCAGCGCUGACUAUUCAGACGCCGUCAGGCCGUAUGGUGUGUAGCCCAGACCCCUACAACCAGCCUGGAGCCAAAAUUCGCAAGCUGUAUGGGUCCCCGGCGGCCAAGAAGCGCUUGUCUAGUCGCGAUUACCAACGGGUUGAGGAGACGUUUGUGUGACGUCUGGGUCACGCUACCAGUUGUCACACAAUGGAAGUCACGCAAUCAUGGCAAUCGCAUGUACUACGGUCAUCCGUUACGCGGGGCACGUUCAUCCGAACGCGAAGAUAGGCUCGUGAAAGGAGGUGCAACUUCUGCAUAUUUUGUACCCUAAACUGGGGUCAUACAGUGUCAACCUUUCGCUAGCCCACUAAAAUGCAACUGAAGGACUGUUAGGCCGACGCUGCGCUAGCAAAGGACAAGGAGAAGGAAGGACGCACUAGCUUACGCGUGUCUGCUUGUGUCUUCUCGCGAUGAUUUACUCAUGCGUAAAAGCUCUCACAUCUCCAGUUUCUUCGCUAGUACAGAUGAGCCUUUAGCGGUAUCGUCUCUUGACUAAAACGAGGAUGUAUUUGCCUUUUUAUAGUCUUCUAUCUGUUUACAAUCAAUGGAGAAUGCUUGCUCGUUUAGUAGUGCAGUAGCUUUUAUUUGUAAAAAGAGAUGUAAAUCAGUGUAAAUAGCAAGAAGUGGUUUAAAUAUUUUUGAUAACAAUAA